CAAGAUGCAACAUUACUUAGCGGUAGUUGUUGCUAUCUGUUCGUUUUUCUACGGCCAUCUCCGGCGUCGCUCUAUGUGUAUGUAUCAUGUGAUAUGGUAUAGUAUCCUCUGUGGAGGCGGAGCCACGCGACUCGAUGGGAAAGGGCGGGGUCGAGCCCAGGAGAGCACGGAGUGCGAGACUCCGCAGCAGCAGCAGCAGCAACGAGAAUAAGAAAUCGGCGUCUCUGACAACACGAUGGGGUCGAUCAUCGGCAGCGUCAACAUUCGCGCGGGAGACCGCUGAUGGAACAGUGCUGGUGGUGGUUAUGGACACUCGGCAAGAACGGUCGGCAAAAAAGAGCGACAAAGUGAUCAUGCCGUCUCCGAACCAGUCAACAGAGAUGGCAGCACGUGGACGGCCUAUACGCUUGUAGAGGCUUUCUGGUGUUGGGCGACCGCUUAGAAGAAAGCGUGUCGGGCCCUUAGGACACACCCACAAUUAGCUCGAUAUUAAUUGCCUCAGUGCAGUCAGUUGGAUGACUAUUGGCUUUACCUAAUCUCAACACUGGAGGGUGUUCGAAGUGUGUAGCGACUCGGUGAUAAGCAAAAUUAGAACUCGGUUCAGGAUUGUGUAUGUAAACUGUGUUAGCAACUAUAUACGCUGAAGAUAUUUACGGUUCGAUGUGCUUCUUGUUAAUUAAGAGGAGUGUCAGUAGGUCAAAGGUUCUUGCGUUCUAUAGGGACAACUAAACGAAUCUUAGACAUCGUGCUAUUAGAAGGCGGGGAAAACUUAUUACGCACACGUCGGAAGAUCGUUUCGACCUUCAAAUUAGCAAAACUACUUGAAAAUUUGCUUGUUCCCUAUUCGAUGCCUACAUUGACGUUUGCAAUCUAACUCUCUCUGGCCACAAUGACCAAAUCAUAAACCACUUUCGAACAAACAGAUUAUCAAAAUGAUCCCAUAGCAACGGGAUACGUAGAAAACGUCCGCGUACAUCUAAUCGUUGGCGACAGAUCGAUAUUUAGCACUACCAGUAUUAUCCGAACUUCUCCUACUAUAUUUAAUUAUCCGGCUUCGGCGAUUUUGCUCCUCCUCAGGAUACCAUCCGGUAUCAGUGACAGUAUCAUUCACUGUUCGCCUGAGAUGUUCGACACGUUUGGACGACUUCAUGACACUGCAGAACAAAGAAGGAAACGAUUUUAGCUAAUAGGACAAAAUGAUUCCGCCGUAAUCGAGACGAUUGUGUCAGUUCGCUCAACUGCAGGACCCCUCGCUGUACCAACUUAAUCUGUUCCUAUAAACUUCGUUCGAAACAUCUAGUACGUGAAGUCUCAGCGUGACUCUUCCCUCAUUUUCCUUGUAAGCCAGCCACAGCAUUGGCUGGUGUGGUAGCCGUCAAUUUCGACGUUUUCCUUUGUUCACUGCUUUAUUAACCAUCUAAAGGUUGCGAACAACUGUCUGGCCGCGACCGGCUGGCCAGCUAGAGUCGGCUAUUGAUAUGAGCGUGGCUGUACAGGAUGUUCUAGCUGUUGUUGAUCUCUGGUAUCGACGAUUCGUGGCAGACGGCAAAUGUCGAUAAGCCCGAUGUACGUUCUAGUGUUUACUUGCUUCUAACUGAUAGUCCAUUCCAGUCGUCAGGCAUUACAAUCAACAACAAUCUCGGUCUUAGCUUGCCGCUGACUGGACGGUAAACAUCGCCGCGGCAUAAAGUCCCUUCACCGAGAAGUUCCUCUCGUUUGCUGCCAGCCAGUCGCAGUAUAAACUGAUUUCUAUACAGGAGACACUUAACAGACAUUCACUGUUGUCGGAAACGAACCGCCGGAUCGAGUGAAUCAGUCAAUGGUCAACGUAAAGCUGACGUAACGUUUUGAACAAACGGUGAUGUAAAAAAAAAAAGUUCGCGAACUAAAGUUAAAGGUCAAUCUUCCAAAAAAAAUAAGUGUUGAUUAGCAGUAAUUACUUUGAAAGAGUGGUGCGGAAACUUAUGCAAGAGUUACAAUUCCAUGUAGCUAGAAAAACGGCGAGAAACCGAGAUAGCGUAACAUCUUGAACACUGAACUUGAAAUUGCGAGAUCAACUUGGCCCCUUAGGUGGAAGAACUUACAGGAAGGCAGUUGUAAAGCAGAAAUGGCGUCCCCACCACCGAUUGAUCUAUCACAACGGGCGCAGUGCGACAUCGCGGAGGAGAUUGACUUCAGCCUGCUUCAAGUCACUCCUAAAUCCUAUGAUACUCAACGUCAUGGAAACUUGAAAAGUGGAAAUACUGGAGGCCCGCCCCAUCAGAAACCUCCGUAUAGUUAUAUUGCGUUGAUCGCCAUGGCCAUUCGUAACGCGCCGGAACAAAAGAUCACUUUGAAUGGAAUCUACAGUUUUAUCAUGGACCAUUUUCCCUACUACCAUGACAACAAGCAGGGCUGGCAAAACUCGAUCCGACAUAACCUAUCGCUUAACGAUUGCUUUCAAAAGGUUCCACGCGAAAAAAGCAAACCCGGUAAAGGUUGCUAUUGGACGCUCGACACUAAAGGAGAGGCUAUGUUCGAAAACGGAAACUUCCGCCGGCGAAAAAGACGCCCGAACUUGGCAGUUCGGCAUCAAGUGCGUCAACAUCUCGCGCGUCAAGUGAUUUCUCAUGACCAGACGCCGAUCUCAAAUGAGAUGUCUCCCCGAAUUAGUUCCACUUACUUUCGGUCUGAUGAAGUAAAUCUAUCGGGAAUGCAGUUCUCUGAGUCCGCCGGAUCGUCACGUCGGAUGCCAUUAGGCGAUUGCAGCUACCCUUUGGAUAAAUUAACAGUUCAACAAGAGCUCGAGCUUCUUCGCCGUCUUCAAGGCGUUGUUCCAAAGGUGCCAACAUUAAUGGAUCACGUUCUCCCGCUGCAAAUGGCUUUACCUCCUCUAGAUAAUGGGCCUUCACUUUUACAUUAUCUUGCCAUGCAGAGACUUCUGUUUCAAGGGACCAACUGCUUCGAUCCAGUACUCGAUUCGAUACCUUGUAGACCUCCAGAAAAACGACCCUUGAAGUCCUUCAACAUUGAAGACAUUAUUCGGCCGCGGGAAGUAGCGACGGGAUACGUAACCUCAGUCAACUGCUCUGAAGCACCGGGAAAUAUUGCACCACACACCACAUUAGAGUAAGCUGAGACAAAUGUCGUGCUUUGGAAUUAUGAGGUGUAAUUUCCAUAGACAUAUCUGAAGAGGU